UUCGUUUUUGUAUUUUACUUAUGCUGGUGGGCGAGGCUUAUAUGAUCCUGCCAAAAACGUAUGAAGUGCGUUUUGAAUCUUUUAACUCAACGUGCGGCGAGUAUUGUGAUUUUAGCAAAAUUCGACUUAUGGGACGAGAUCACAAGGCAAAUGGAACCAUGGAGUUGAAGCAAGACUUUGACAAUGAUAACUUUUUCGUCUCCGGUGAAAGUUUCAUCGAUUCCAAUGGCAGCGGAGAGUACAAGAAGCUUCCCUUCACCAUUCCCAAGCAACCCAUCUGCAAUGCUUUGGAAUCAUAUGCGGUCUACUUUGACGCGAGCUUGAAGUAUGGAGAGAACACCGACUUUCCCCUCGACGCCCGCCCAUGUCCCGUGCCAAAGGGGGUCUACUAUUUCAAGGAUGUGCUCAUCAAAACUGACGAUUGGCCGGCCAUUAUGCCGCGAGGCUAUUUUAAAGCCGUUGCCAACCUGAUUAAGAAUGAUGAGGUUGUCGCUUCUCUUGAAAUUGUUGCCCAUAUCACUGACCUAUUUUAACCGCAAUUUACCUUCUCGAAAUAUUUUAAUUUUAGCAACGUAAAAUAUGAUAAAUGAAGAAGCUUGA